AAUGAUUGGAAAGGACAAAUACUGUUCCGAAGAAGCAGAAAUUCCUACAAUUACAAUACAACAAAGUACAAUUGUCAACAGGAAUGUAGGUUUAAUUGGACCAGCUGGCUCCAUAGUCUCUUCAACCAAUGAUAUGGCUAAAUGGUUAGCAAUGAUUUUGAACAAGGGCAUUGCCUCGAAUGGCAGAAGAAUACUACCCAAAGAAGCUAUUGAAUGUGUAUUUACCAGCGAAAUACUCUUUGAUGAUGUAGUAACUAAUCUUUUAGGCAAUAAACCACAACUAGGCCAAAGGACGAGUUAUGGAUUAGGCAAUUGGAAAGGACAUCAAUCUGGUAUUGAAUACAUUCAACAUGGAGGGGAUUUAUUUGGUUUUCAUUCAACACAUGCUCUGAUAAGAUCUUUAAAAUCUGGAUUUUUCUUCUCAAAAAAUCAUGGAAAACAAUUGCUAGAACAAUCAAUUCUAGAAAAUUCUAUCAAUAAUAUUUUAUUGACAACAAUCUCCUUACAAGAAGCUUGUGAUUUUCCAUUCUUGGAGAAUGCAAAUUCCAACACAUCAUUUACAAAAAAUAAACAAAACAUUCCAAUUUAUUCUGAGUAUGAAAAUUGGGCCUAUGGAUCUAUCAGCAUUAAGACUAUUGAAAGUGCACUUAUCCAAUUGUCUCUCAAUUACAGAAAUGCUGGACGAUUUAAUUUAUUGUCAUUUGACAAUGAAAUGUAUAUUGGAAUUCCUAGACCAAGAUCUGGGCCACCAAUGCCUGAGAUGUUAUUUCAUUUUGAAGAGGAAGAAAAUGGAAAAAUGAAUAACUUAAUCGCAAAAACAUUUGAAAUAACAGAUCCACCAAUAUUCCAAAGAUCUUUAGGUCCAGAACCACCAGUUGAUAAUGAAAAGUGUAUUGAUUAA